UUUCCCACUCAUCGAAUCCCUUUCUCUAUCACCAGUCAACACCACCCCCAAUGAGCAGCAGAGCCAGAAACUUUCGCCGCCGUGCCGGAGACGACGACGAAGAAGACGACUCUAACAACAUCAAUGGACCUUCAACGACCGCAAAAACUACUACUGCCACCACCAAUUCCAAGACUUUAUCAAAACCCUCCUCGAUCUCUACUUCCAUGGCGGUCACCAAGUCCAAAAAGCCUACUAAUCAAGCUCCAAAGCUCCUCAGCUUUGCUGACGAUGAAGAGAAUGAAAUCCCUUCUCGCUCAUCUUCGAAACCCUCCAAUUCGAACAAGUCCUCUUCUCGUAACAGUAAGCUCUCCUCGUCGCACAAGAUGACCACGCUUAAAGACCGUUUGGGUCAUUCUUCUUCUGCUUCUCCUUCUAUGACCUCCAAUGUCCAACCCCAGGCGGGUACUUACACCAAAGAAGCUCUCCGCGAACUCCAGAAGAAUACUCGGACGCUUGCCAGCUCUCGACCCUCCUCAGAAUCGAAACCCUCGUCCGAACCCAUCAUUGUGUUAAAGGGUUUGGUCAAGCCUGCCGGUUCAUUAUCGGAGACGGAGAAAGAAGCGGAUGCAUUGGACUCCGAUGAUGACCGGGGUGAAGAGAAAGGGGCUAGUUUGUUUAGGAAGGACAGAGACGACGCCGAGGCUCGAUUGGCUUCGAUGGGGAUUGGGAAAGGUAAGGAUAAGGAUUCAUCUGGAUCGUUGAUUCCUGAUCAAGCGACUAUAAAUGCUAUUCGGGCGAAGAGAGAACGGUUGCGACAGUCGAGGGCAGCGGCCCCGGACUUUAUCUCGUUGGAUGGAGGGAGCAACCAUGGGGCGGCGGAGGGUUUGAGCGAUGAGGAGCCGGAGAAUUUAAGCCGAAUUGCAUUGAUCGGGGAGAAGGUGGAUGGAGCAAAGAAGGGUGUUUUUGAUGUGGAUGAUGGAGCAAUGGAUUUGGGGUUGAGGAAAGAGAUUUCGGAGGACGACGAAGAUGAAGAGGAGGAAAAAAUUUGGGAGGAAGAACAAUUUAGGAAGGGGUUAGGGAAGAGGAUUGAUGAUGGAGUUAGUAGAGUUGGCAGUAAUGUUGCUCCUGUGGUUCAAAGUAUGCCCCAGCAGAAGUUUACUCACCCAGCAGUGUCCCAAACUCUACCAGCUAGUACUAGCAUAGGUGGGGCACUUGGAGCAUCACAAGGUUUGGGCAUGAUGUCGAUAUCUCAGCAAGCUGAGAUUGCUAGGAGAGCUUUGCAAGAUAACGUGACGAGACUAAAGAAAACUCAUGACAGAACUGUGUUGUCACUGAAUAAGGCUGAUGAAAAUUUAGCUGCCUCACUAUCGAAUAUCACUGCUCUUGAGAAAUCUUUGUCUGCUGCUGAUGAGAAGUACAAAUAUAUGCAAAGACUUCGAAAUUUUGUUUCUCUUAUAUGUGACUUGCUUCAGCAUAAAGCUCCCUAUAUUGAGGAACUUGAAGAGCAAAUGCAAAAGCUUCAUGAAAAACGUGCAUCAGCUAUUGUCGAAAGAAGAGCUGCAGAUAAAGAUGAUGAAAUGAUGGGGGUGGAGGCAGAGGUUAAUGCAGCAAUGUCUGUUCUUAGCCAAAAAGGUAGCAGUGUUGAUAUAGUUGCAGCAGCCAAGAUUGCUGCACAGGCUGCGUCUUCUGCUUUAAGUGAGCAAGCAAAUCUACCAGUAAGAUUAGAUGAAUAUGGCAGAGAUAUGAACCUGCAGAAACGCAUGGAGAUGAAAGGGAGGGCUGAUGCUCGUCAACGCAGAAAAGCUCGGUUGGAUUCUAAGAGGUUAUCCACAAUUGACGUGGAUGGUCCCUAUCAGAGAAUUGAAGGAGAAUCAAGCACAGAUGAGAGUGACAGUGAGAGUACAGCGUACAAGUCACAAUUUGAAACAUUGCUCCACACUGCUGAUCAAAUUUUUAGUGAUGCAUCUGAAGAAUAUUCCCAACUUUUAGUAGUUAAAGAAAGGUUCGAAGAGUGGAAGAGAGAUUACUUAUCAACGUACAGAGAUUCUUAUAUGUCAUUAAGUGUUCCUUCCAUAUUCUCUCCCUACGUGAGGCUGGAGCUAUUGAAGUGGGAUCCACUGCACGAGAAAACAGAUUUCUUAAAUAUGAACUGGCAUUCAUUGUUAAUGGAUUAUGGUUUGCCAGAAGAUGGGAGUGGUUUCGCACAUGAUGAUGCUGAUGUUAACCUUGUUCCUGAACUGGUGGAAAAGGUUGCCCUCCCUAUUUUGCAUCAUGAAAUUGUUUAUUGCUGGGACAUGCUUAGUACACAUGAGACAAAGAAUGCAGUUGCAGCCACAAGCUUGGUGACAGAUUAUGUGCCAGCUUCUAGUGAUGCUCUAGCUGAUUUAUUAGUUGCUGUUCGAACUCGUCUAGCUGAUGCUGUCGACAAUCUUACGGUCCCAACAUGGAGUCCCCAUGUAAUGCAAGCUGUGCCUAAUGCUGCAAAAGUUGCAGCAUAUCGCUUUGGCAUGUCUGUCCGUUUGAUGAAAAACAUUUGCUUGUGGAAAGAAAUCUUAGCAUUGCCAGUUUUGGAAAAGCUUGCUCUUGAUGAGCUUUUGUGUGGAAAAGUUCUACCUCAUGUUCGAAGUAUUGCAGCAAAUGUUCAUGAUGCAAUUACGAGAACCGAAAGGAUAGUUGCUUCUUUAUUUGGUGUUUGGGCAGGUCCAAGUGUCACCGGGGGGGAUCGCAGACGCAAGUUGCAACCCUUGGUGGAUUACGUCCUACUACUCGGAAAAACUCUGGAGAAGAAACGUGCAUCGGGUGUGAGUGAGAGUGAAACUAGUGGACUUGCACGCCGGUUGAAGAAGAUGCUGGUUGAGCUUAAUGAGUAUGACAGUGCUAGGGACAUAGCUAGGAACUUCCAUCUGAAAGAGGCAUUGUAAACAGCAUAAGAAGCUGAAAGGAAAGAGCUAGAGAUAGAGAGUUUCAUAAAGAUUGCAAAAAGUAGGACGUGGGAUAACAUUAGAACUCAUUCAAACGCGGAGAUGGCACUUUGACUUGGACUAAAACAUGACCACAUUUGAGACCUCAAAUUUCAAGUUAAUUGCGAAAAAUAGAUGUUUAGGGGAGAGAGAAUACAUGUAAGUUUUGGGGGAGGGUGUAAUUCUUCGAACGAGUCAUGGCUCUGGCCUACUGUACUUUCACUUGUUUUGAAUGUAGGAGUGCGUGGCCUAACCCAAACUCAUCGAUACAUACUUGAUUUCAGUCCAGAUUUUACCCACUUAGAGCACUCCCAAGAGUAGAUUCUCUAUAUUUCUUUACAAAAAAAAAAAAAUGAUUUAGAGAGAGAGAGAGAAAGAAUGAUGAAUACAAUGCCACACCAUAUUUAAUGGCAAACGUAGACAAUGACAUAAUGACUUUUCAUAUAAUUAUAAUUAAGGGGAAGUUUGUUACCCCGUAUUAAGUCUUA